AUAAGUUUUAUAAAUAUCAUCAAAUAUCAUCAAAUAUCAUCAAUAAUUAAAAAAAAGGGACAGAAAGAUGGCACUUUUGGUUCCAUCAAUGACUACACAGAAGCCUCUUGCAUUUGCUACUAAAACUUUUGGUUAUAAGCAGGCUGCAACAAUGAAGAGUACAAGCAGCAAAAGAUCAACAACCAAAUCAAGUAUUAAGCUGCUAACAAACGUUGAAAAGCUAAAGCUGCUAACAAAAGCAGAGAAGGCGGGUUUGCUUUCAGCAGCAGAAAAGGCUGGGUUUUCACUGUCAUCAAUAGAAAAACUAGGGCUGCUUUCCAAGGCCGAAGAACUCGGGGUUCUUUCAGCUGCUACUGACCCAUCGACACCGUCAGCCUUAUUGAACCUAAGCUUAGCUCUACUAGCUUUGGGUCCCUUUUUUGUAUACUUGGUACCCGAGGAUUAUCCAUGGGAAAUAGGUUUGCAGGUGGCGGUUGCUCUUGUAAGCAUUGUUGGUGGCUCUGCUGCUUUUGCAGCUUCAAAUUUUGUGUCUAAUUUGCAAAAGUCAAGUUAGAGAACUUGUGUUUUCAUUGUCAGUUAUGUUGUAUGCAGUUUGGAUUCUUGAAA